UUCCCUGCCCUGCGCGCUCGGCUAUGGGCUGCUCCGCGCCGAAUUUCCCCGCCUGCCUCAUCUGAGAGACGCCUGGGACCUAUAGCCCACACCCGGCAAAAAUCCCGCUCAUCCCGCCGAGACACGGGCCCCGCUCGCUGUAUGGGAACAUGGCCGACGUUCCGCAGAUCGUCAAAAUCGGGAUUUCCUUGAAGAUGCUCCCCAACAACACCGCGGUGUACUUCAAAUCCGACGGCGCCCGGUUCGGACAGACCCGGACCAUCAAGCUGCUGACCGGGUCCAAGUACAGAAUCGAGGUGGUCGUCAAGCCCGGAGCGGUCGAGGCCACGUCAAUGAGUGUGGGCGGGGUGACCUUCCCCCUGGAGAAGCAGUCCAAAGACCCACAGUCAGUGGUCUACACCGGCCAGUACGACACAGAGGGGGUGGCACACACCAAGAGUGGGGAGAGGCAACCAGUUCAAAUCAGCAUACAGUUCACAGAGGUGGGGACGUUUGAGACCGUGUGGCAGGUGAAGUACUACAACUACAACAAGAGGGACCACUGCCAGUGGGGGAACAGCUUCAACAGCAUCGAGUAUGAGUGCAAACCCAACGACACGCGCACACUCAUGUGGGUCAACAAGGAGAUGUUCGUCUGACUGAGGAACGGCCUGAGAGAUUCACUGUGUGCUCUGCAAAAAAACACAAGGCGUGACACGUCUAAGGCGUGACACGCCUGAAUGUCAGCUUGACAUGAUGAAAUUAAGACCUAUUCUUCUUCAGACAAAGUUUUCUCUUUCUUUCUGUCGCUAAAAUGGGGUGUGUAUCUGUCUUUCCGCUCCUUAUCUGCUCUCACUCCGCUCCACUUAAGAGUUUUUUUCUUCUUCCCGUCACCGACAAACAUUGGAAAAUCUCAAAACUUUUUGCCCGCUUGAAGAAAAGAACACACCCUUCACUUCUUUACGCUGUCAAAAAGUGCAUCGGAUUUACUGCUAAAUCGGAUCCUACGGAUCAGCUCAUAUAAAAUGUGGUGAUGUUGCCAGUCUCUUCACUGUUGUUUUUCUUUGUCUGUGGUGGUUAUACAAAUGUGUCUAGAUUAAUGGGGCAUUUACUGGGGUUAAAAUGAAACAUGUAGCACUUCUCAAAAAUCUAAUCUAACAUCAGUUUUUCAAUUGUGUGUUGAAAGACUAAGAUUAAAUGACGUGUGCAGUUCGGUUGUGGUAUCUGGUAACCCUCAAGCGUGUUCACACUUAUGUGUGCGUACAGUACUGUAUGUGUGUGGGUGCAUGGGCGCCUGUGUGUUUCGCUAUAGUCUGUGUCCGUGUGUGUGUGUGUUUUACGGUCGGUGCUUGUACAGAGGUGUUUGUGUUUGUGUACUUUUGAAGCUAUGUGAAGAGUUUUCCUUCCAAAAUGACUGUGCAACAUUUCCGGAAAUCCAUGCCAGUUCUCAGAAAGCGACUGCUGCCUGCUGAAAGCAAAGUAUAAUAAGUCAUGCUAACGUUUACCGAAAAAUGUUAUUACCUCGCAGAAUAGAAACAACCUCCCAGCCGAGGCCAGUGUCCUUGAAUUAGUGGCAUUUUGAUUUAACUGGCCCCAAGCAGAAUUUGUGUGGGAACCUGCCAUUACAUCUGCAGCUUGUGCAAUUACUUCUACAGUUGUCCUCGGUAUUGCACAAGGACAACUGUUUUGUUAUCCUUGUGCAAUAACGUGCACAUGGAUAACUAAACAGCGCCACUUUCCGACUAUUUUUCCGCUACUUUUAGUUGUCCUUUCACAAUGGCACCGCAGUGCACCUCUCCUGCGUCAGCACCUCUACGCCCUGAAAAAAAAUCACCCCAAAAUCUUAAUAUCACGCUCAAGUGAACUUGUGCCACUGCCUGCGCCUGUGGGCCCAUGGUGUUUUGGAACGAAACUCUCUGUGUAGCUGCGUGUAUGUGUAUUAUUUUCGUGGUACCGGUUUGUGUACAGUGUAAUGCGGUAGUGGAAGUAGCAGUUUUGUAUUCGGGUGAAGUUGUGCCCUGUGUUUGUUUUUUCUCUACCUCUUCCGAAGGACUUAGCCAUGAAUAUUUGUGUUUAUUAAAGAGAAAUAUUGUAUGUGACAUAUGCAGAACAUAAACUUUAAAAAAAAAAAACAAUUUCUUGUGGUAAAUAAUAUUUAAAAAGAUAGUAUUUUUGUACAGUGACCCAAUUGAAAUGUUUUCAUAUUAUUGUGUUUUGGUAGAAAUGACUGUAAAAUAUUUUCAGUGAAAUAUUGAAUUGGCCUAAGCAAGAAAUCAAAGCAACGAAAUAAUAAAAUGAAAUGGUGCAAUG